AUGCCUCGCUUCCUCUUCCUCGCGGCUUUGACCCUCGCCUUGGCAACGUCAACGGCUGCCGCGCGGCGCCGGCAGAUCCACCUGCGCUUGUACAUGCACGACAUCACCGGCGGCCCGGGCCAGACGGCGGUGCAGCUCGUGAAGGGGCCUGGCCCCGCGCACCCGUUCAUGCCGGGCGCCCACUUCGGCGACACGACGGUGAUCGACGACGCGCUGACGGAAGGCCCCAGCGCAGCAUCGCCGGCAGUCGGCCGCGCGCAGGGGUCGUACAUGCUAGCCGGCCUCAAGGAGCCCGUGCUGAUGGUGUCCAUGACCGUGGCGCUCACGGGCGGCGCGUACAACGGCAGCACCAUCGCCGUGGUGGGCCGCGACGACAUCUCCGCCGCGGUCAGGGAGCUCGUGGUCGCCGGCGGCACGGGCGCGUUCCGGAAGGCGACUGGGCACGUCCUGUGGAGGACGGCCAGGAUGGAGUCGCGCGACCACAUGGUACUGGAGCUGGACAUCUACGCGACCGUGCCGGGCGCUGUUGCUGCUUCGAGCGACGGGCAUCGUCAGGCCGGCGUUUUGAAUAUUUAAGUGAAGGCCAAAAUUAAGCUGGGUUCAAAUAAGUGCAAUGUUUGGGUCUUGUUUGUCUACGUGAUCACCACGGAUGUUGUUUCGAAAUCUUUUUCUUAUCCGAUUUUAUUGAUUAUAUAACAACAGAGUAAAGAAAUUGGUUUUUA